ACGUGGUGGAGGCUGGCAAAAUUGUACUUCUUGAAAUUUCAGGAGUACUAAGUCACCAUAAGAAGUGUUUCUGAAUUAAGAAUCAAGAACAAGGGAUACUGUUUGUUCGUGAUUUGGACAGCCGAGUGCGCGCUCCCGACGCAGGGGAAACAAAUUCUGUCUGGGAUAACUAUCCUGAGGCGCCACAAAAUUCAAAGGUUCCCCUGAAGUAGACUGAAGGCCUAGGAACGACAGACACACAUCUUAGAAACUGUAAUCUGAAGGAAAAACAUGAAUAUCAUCUCUCAGCAACAUCUGGCAUUCUCCCCACCAACAGAAACACAUCCUAUAAUCCAGUGCAUAACUAAUAAUGACCUCAAAGAGCUCAGGAAUUUACUGAAGAACAAUGAUGUUAAUAGAGUUUACCCCUGUAGAGAGUGUAGUGAUUAUAUAACUCCAUUGAUUGCUGCUGUUGUAAAUCACAACAUUGGUAUCUGUUCUUACCUUUUGCGUCAGGGUGCAGACCCAAAUGAACCUUCUCAACUCAGCUGGACACCUUUGCAUUAUGUCUCACUGUCCAGUACACCACCUGAUUUUGUGGAUCUAUUGCUUAAGGCAAAAGCUAAUCCAGAUGGAUUGAAUCAUAGACUCCUGAGUCCUCUGAAAGAGCACAUACGCACACCACUUCAAGUUGCAGCCAUUGGAAACAAGGAGGAGAUCAUGAAAAGACUCAUCUCUGCUGGUGCUACGGUGUCACUGCUGCCCAUGCAUGACAAUGAUUCUGAUGCGCUUAUUACCAAUAAAAAAAUAUCUCAGAUGAUUAAUCACUUUGCAGUGAUUAAAUGGAGAAAUGGAGAUGAAGUGUGUUCCAAAAUCAGACAUUUUUUGGAAAUGGAAAUUGCAGUUUUUGAAAAAACACCUGACGAAGUGUUUAAAAUGUUCAACGAUCAAGUGUUGUUAGAGGAUCCUAGGUCUCAUCUGACCAUGAUUGAAUCCCUCUUUCCUUGGAACAAAAGGGAAAAAUACUGUCAGGCUUUUAGUAAAUGGGUAAAGGAAACUGGAAAUGUGAAUACUUAUAUUGAAGGUGCAGCUAGUCGCUUUCCAAACAUCCCUGAGCCAAAAGUAAAGCUGGCAGUUGAAAGUUUAAAUGCAGUUUUCUGCACAAUGGAUGAAAUAACAAAUGAGCAUGCACUAGCUAUAGUUCCACAACUACUGAAACUGCUUGACUCCCAAGACAGUGGGGUUUGUGAAGCAGUGCUACAGACACUGUAUGUAAUAACACAGAAAACAAGAGGCACAAAGGACUGGCAUGUCAACUUUUUAGAGAACUUAUGCAGAACAGUUGCCCCUUUUGUAAAUGGGUACUCUCCUAACAUCAGGGUCUACACGUACGGUAUAUUUGGAAACCUGCUGUCAGUUGAACAGACAUCUAAUAUUUUUACAUCAGUGGGCAUAACUUCAGUGCCCAAGGACAUAAUUACAUCUGUAAAAAUGGAAAUGAAUGAAAAGCUGAAAGAGGUGCUGAGAAGUCUAAACAACUAUUUAGGGAAUCCAAACUCAGAAUUUGAGGGAAAUACAGCUUCACCUUUAGUCAGGAAGAAGAGAAAGAUUGAAAAGACUGAAAAGCAAGAAGACCUAAAUGAUGACGUUUCCACUGCAGCAACUGAUCCACCAACAAGGUUUCCAGUUGUAGAAUCAACGUUAAAUGUAAAACCUUUUGACUACAACACCAUCGAAAAAUCAAAAAACAAACGAAACUGGCUUCAAAUCAGCAAGAGGUGGAAUGAUAAAGUGAAGAAACUUGUUGGCUCAGAUGACAGUAAAAUAUCCAGAAUCAGAAGCAUUAUUUAUGUGAAUGAUGCAGAAUUCAGAAUAGCAAAAGGAAGCGAUGGUACUGAAGUCUUCUUGGGGCUGAGAGAGGACGGCACAGAAGUUGCCAUUAAGAGAAUGACUAAGAGCAACUAUGAAGUGCUGAAGAAUGAAGAAGGAAUCCUGAGACUUCCUGAACUCGAUCAUCAUUAUAUCGUACGAUAUGUUGAUGCUGCAGAGGACGAGAACUUUGGAUAUCUUUGUCUGCAACUUUGUGAGUACACCUUGGAAGAAUAUAUCAAUAAUAAUGACCAUGACCCACAGAUGUUAAAGAAAUUUGUUGAACAAGUUCUUGAAAGUCUAAAGGUGCUUCACUGCGGAAAUCCUAAAAUUCUCCAUCGAGAUCUCAAACCCCAGAACGUUUUGAUUGAUGUUACUGGGAGGGCAAGAUUAGCUGAUUUUGGCAUAAGCAGACGCUUACUCAAAGGCCAAACAACUUUACGUACACGAACCAGUGCAGGAACCAAAUGCUGGAUGGCCCGAGAGACUUUUACAGAAGAAUCUGUCAUAUCAUACAAGUCAAGCACUGACAUACAGGUGGCAGGCAUGCUGAUCUAUUAUAUCCUCUCUGGAGGCCACCAUCCAUUUGGCAAAUCCUAUGAAUGCGAGAACAACAUUUACCAUGGGAAGUACAGUUUGGAUCAUGUUCAAGAUGUGGUGGCAAAAGAUCUCAUCGAGUGGAUGAUCAAGAAAGAGCCAAAGGACAGACCCAAAGUAGAAGAAUGCUUAAACCAUCCCUUCUUCUGGACUUCUGAAAAGCAGUUUGAAUAUUUGAGGAAGACCGGCAACAGGGAGGAGGUGGCAAACUGUCGAAAGGCUGAUGAAAAGCUGAUUGGUUCACUAGAAGCAUGUGCUAAUGGAUCCUUCAAAAUGUGGAAAAAUAAGUUUCCCCAAGAGCUUGUUCGGAAGAUGGAUGGCAGAAAGCCGUACCCUGAAACCACGCUGGGAUUACUGCGCUUUAUACGCAAUUUCAAUGAGCAUGAGCUCAAGAAUUUUCCUCACAUUGAUGUAAUGAUGUUAUUUCCUGAUCUCUUUGGGUGUGUUUACAAGUUUGCCAAAGAUAAAGGCUGGAAUUUAGAGACACCCUUGAAGGAAAUGUUUCAAAAAGAAGAAACAAAGGACAUUCAUAUCGCCUUUGCAAUGAUGUCUACAAGUAUAGACGAACCUAUGAGUGUCCCAGUUCAGGAGUCUCAAUAGUGACUUUAGACAAAGUGGAAUUCAAUAAGGAGAAAAUUAUGUCAUUAAGGACUGUACAGUAUAACAUAUAAGCAAAUACUAUUAGUAGUAUUUGCUUAUAUGUACAGAUGUUAAUGAAAGCUUUGUGGGAUGCUUUAUUUUGUUCAAACGUGUAUAUAUAAGCACACCACAGAAACCUAACCUAGCAAAAUCAAAAUGUGUUCUGCACAAUAAGCCAAAGUUUUGUACCUGUUGUUCAUUUUGACCACUUUCCAAAGGCGGAUAGCAGGAGAGAUGUUAUUUUAGGUGCCUACUAGUACUAGACUUGAGUCAUGUUAAUUGUAUGGUUUUAUAUUUAGUAGUAAAUUUAAAAUGUGCUAUUUUGGUGGCUGUAUUUGCAAAUGUUAGUGCUAAAAAUCUUUUUGAACUGACAAAAAUGGGAACACUGGCAGUACUUAAGGAUAAAUUCUUCCACUUGAGUUUUUUUAAUUACAUACAGACAGACAUUUUUUCAGUGUUAUUCCAGAUAGGAAAAUGAUUAACCUACUUUUUCCUUUUUUAAUUUUAGUUUUGUUGUGUGAAUAAAAUACAUAGCUUAGGUAUGCAUUUGGAUUUUUGAAAAUGUAUACAUAACAUGCCAACUGUAUACUAGUAUUAUGUACUAUGCCAACUUUCCUAAAUAUGUAUUUUGAAUUAAAGUGAAUAUCAUUUCAAAUUUACCAAAUAUAUUAUAAUUUGUAUGUUUUAUUAAAGAUUUUCUUCUGAUUUUCAUAUUGUAAAAAAAUGUAAAUUUAAUGUUUGGUGGCUAAAUAAAUUUCUUUAAAAGAA